UUUCCCCCUUCCUUUCCUCUUCUGUGGUUAGGGUUUCUCUUUAUCCUCCAAAUCUGGGUUAAGGGAAGCUGAACACGCAACCAUAUGAUCAACACUUGACCAAGUCUUGACUAGUAUGCCGGGAUGUGCAGAUCAGUUUGGGUGGGUAGGGGAGAAGGUGGAACAGUUGAAAGAGGGGAACAAGUGGCUGGUUGUGGGGAUUUGCUCAUGGAUCAAGUAUGAGAGGAACGAAGAGGAACAGAUGACAUACGGAAUGGCGGAAAAGAAGAUCUGGUGUCCAAUCGAGCGGUGGGAGGAGUUAAAGGAGUUAGAAGGUUACAGGGAAGACUUAAAAGCAGGUAAGGGAUUCGCACUUUGGUUAGGGGAAGCUAAGUCCAUGGCAUCUUCUUUUAAUUCUCGAUUAGCAGGACUUGAAACUUCUUCUAGGGUGAGGGAGCACACAUAUGAAAGGCAUCAGAUGUUCUGCAAGUGUGGAUUCAAGGCACCGAGGUGGAUUUCAUAGAGACCAUGGAGCAUUGGCAGAAACUUUUAUGGGUGCCCAAACUUCUUGAAUGUUGUAAGCGUAAUUUCUUUGGGUAUUUAAUUUUGUUUUAUCUUGUAAUAAAUAUUUACAUUUGGA